GACAGCGGGCAGCGGCUGUGGAGGAGUUCAGGUGUUGGUUCCUUGGGAAAGGCGGUGAAUCACAGGCUGGGAAUUUACUGGGUGGGAUUGUUGGAUGCGAACCUCGCCAAUGUGCAGAGCGCAGGCUGGUGGGGAGCCUAUGAAUAAUGAAUGAUGUGGGACAGAGUUUAGCAGCGGCUGAGAUCCAGAGCGGGUCACUCUCCCGGCGAGGCGUGAACAUGCAGUUUGCUCUCUUGGUGUUGGCGCUUGGCGGGGUGAUUUGGGGCAGCGGGGCGCAGACUGGUUGCUCAGACUGCCAGCUCGCCUCUUGCCCGGCCGUGUUGUGCAGAGUGCCCGAACUGCUGGCUGAAGACGAGUGCGGCUGCUGUAAGCGCUGCUUGGGAGUACAGGGAGAGCGGUGCGGUGGCCAGGGGCUAAAGCACGGCCGCUGCGCCCCGGGAUAUGUGUGCCUGACCUCGGCGGACGGGCCGAAGGAGGAGGGGGAAAGGGAGAAGGACGAGAAGGAGGAGAGCGAGGAUGAAGAGGGAACCGGCGCCUGCGUUUGCAAGCACGACUACCCGGUGUGCGGCUCGGACACCAACACCUACCCCACCAUCUGCGCCCUGCACUUGGCCAGCUGGGUAUCAGUCCACCAACAGGAGGGCAAGAUCCACAAAACACACGACGGCGAGUGCAAAUACGCUCCCGUAAUCAUCCUCUCCCCGAAGCCAGUCCUGAACGUGACUGGUGCCCAAGUGUACUUGGUCUGCGAAGUGAAAGCUGUUCCAACUCCCAUUGUCACCUGGAGGAAGGUCACAGAGUCACCCAAGGGAGUAAAGCUUUUGGAAGAGUUGCCUGGAGAUCGGGUGAAUGUUGCAGUUCAGGUUCGUGGUGGACCAUCCAAAUACGAAAGCACUGGAUGGGUUCUGAUAAAUCCACUGACAAAGGAAGAUGAAGGUGUUUAUCAAUGUCAUGCCAGCAAUAUCCUUGGUGAGGCACAGAUUGAAGGCACAAUCAAGAUCAUGGAGAAGGUCAUGGUGACUAAAGAUAAGAUAGAAGAGGAGCUUGAAAAGAAAGAAAAUUAAAUCAUGGACUACUCCAUGCUGAUACUUCGGCGUUUUCAGAGUUAGACAAAGAUGAAACUCAUCAAACCGAAUUGAAAAUUAUGUAUUUUGUACCAUUUUCUUCUACUUUUGUAAAGUUUUUAUGAUGAUGUUAGUAGGUCCAGGAUGAAAUGACUGCCAUUUGCGUAACCUGCACAGCAUGCAAUUGAAAAUGCCUGAGGUGUUUGUAGAGAGGAGACGAUUGGAGCUGCAUAUGUUUGAAGCUCAUGGUGACUGUAUGAACCGUGCAGACGGAAUGCUGUACCGUAGCACCAUAACAAGGAUCAUUCAUGCUACGUUAAUCUAAAAUGUUUAAUCCUUCAGCAUAGCUCCUGGUACAAUAUUUAACUCUUAAUCUCUAUAUUAGUUGUGUUGUCUUCAGUGCUAAUAAAUGAGUAGUCAUUGAAUAGAUUUCUCUGCAGAUUUGUGCUUUUAUACUUUUUCACCUUCAACUUUAUCGAACAGACCUGGCGGAACUUGUGCAGCUACCAGAUUUCCAUACGUAAUUUUACCAGAAACAAUUUUUCUGAAUCUCUGGUCAUUGCACAGCUCUGUUCAUUGCUGGUGUAACUAAUGUAGAAUGGAGGUUUCCAACAGAAACUACAAAAUGUAACAGCUGUUGUGUAUUCUUUUACAAGGUGUUUUAAUAAAGAUCAUUGUUACCUUUCAGAAUUA